AUAAUAUCAAGCAGUCUGAGUACUUCAAGGAGAGUUUAAAGAUUCUGAGGUCAAAUAGAGGUGUCGCGCAUUUGAUGGGAGAGCCUAUUAGAGACGGGACUUUGGACCUUGGUGACAGUGCCAAUAAUUUUUGCACAGGGAAGGAGGCUCAGUUUCAGGUACCCGUCAAAGGACCCAAAUUAGACGGAACCCUGUACCUGUUCGCAUCACGCCCUGAUUACGGCCAGCAGUGGAACGUAGACAGACUCGAGCUGGGCCUCAAGGAUGACCCGAGUAGAAGAAUCCUUCUCCAUGUAUCUGAUCAGCAAACUGUGAGCGAAUAGGACAAGACGUAUUCACUCUCUGCAUCUUGUUGUUACAUUGAAAUCAUGGAAGCCUACCGGGAAGGCAACAUAGAUGAGGAGUUAUGCCCUGGUGCUGAUGAAAUGAGGGCAGGUGUUUCUGAUACUUCAGUCGCUAAAGCAGAUACUAAAAGUCUUGAGGACAAAGAGUCACAAGUCUCUGAUGAAGCAGGAGAGCCACAGCAGGCAGAGUCCCUGGAUUCUGAGACUCUUUCCCAUGCUGAGCUUAAAAAGUUCUUUCAAGAAGCUCUUUCUCAGCUUCUUAAAAAGGAUCCUAUACUGAAUGAUCUUCAUCCACAAGUAACACUUGAAGAGGUCAAUGCCUUAAUUGAAUUAGAACAUGGAAGAGCAAUGAAAGUAUAUGUUGAGAAAGCUGACGGUGGAUUCUGGUGUGUAGUUGUACCCCGGGAAGCGACUGUUCAUGAUCUGAAAAAGGCACUGAAAAAUCAUGUUGCUCUCAUGCUGAACAGGAAAGGAGUCAAGAAAAAAAUAAACUGGAAGUACAUUUGGAAAGCAUACUGGCUUUGCUACGAAGGAGAGAAACUGGCAGAUGAUCGUAAGAAAUUACUAGAACUUGGCGUGAAAAAUAAAAGUAGUCUCACAUUCAUAAAGAGAUUAAGGGAACGAAACAAAUCUGGUCGGAAGGUAAGGUAGAAUAGAAUGUAUUACCUCUGUAUAUAUCACAACAGUGUGUGAAGUUGAAGGUGAAGAUUGGAGGCAUAAUAGUAAUGAUGUAAGUAUGGGCUGGUGAAUGUUAAAGUUUGUACCAUGUUUUGUAAAAAUUGUACAGGACUUCUCUUAGGUUUUUGAAAGCAUUUUUAAUAAUCUAUGUUGACCUAUAAAUUUUGAAAAGCUGGGUUUAUAUUAUUGCUGAGUAUUUUAUAGUGUACAUAAAUUGAAUGGAAAUAAAA